AUGGGCUGGUUUCCGACGACCCUCGAUUCCGAAGCACAGAGCUGGCGUUUUGAUAUCGUCUCCCUUCUGGCCAUUAUCGGAGGAUCCUCUAUUGAAAAGCAUAAGCAGGCAAUCACGGCGUCCCCAUUUGCCGGGUUCCCACGUAUCCUACCCGCCCCUGAAUCACUGCUGGAUACAGAUCGGCCCAACCGACUCCCCUCUGUCAAGGAAGUCACCAUCAUUGGCGUCAAAUCCGGUACGCGCUUCACCGAACUCAAUUUUUUCGCCAAUGUCAUCCACAAGCUCGAGGAGCUGGAGGAGUAUGAGUUUCGGUCCUACAAUAUUACAUAUCAGAAACCGGAGAAGGACACCAUUAAAAGCGCAGCAGAGGUGGACGAUGUCGAGAGUGGAGGAACGCAAAAUGAUGCCGAGCAAAAAAGCCAGCCGGACGACGACAAGAAAGAGGUCAUCGUCCCGUUGAAGUCGCUCAGUGCGCUAAAUCUUGUGACCUUGAUCUCAAUUCUAAUGACCAUCGGCCUCUUCAUCUGGGCGGGUAUGAUCCACGACGGCGUGGCCCUCGUCGCCCUCGCCGCCAUGUCAUUGUCUACCAGCGCUGCCUGCCUAUCUGCGCAAUGGUAUCCGAGGCUAUCCACCCGUACGACAAAUACCAAGGUGACGAAGGGGGAUAUUGUCAUGAAGACCCGUAACGGGGCUUUUAUUGUGGUAGAAUGCCCCGAAGAGAUAACGAGAGAGCUGUACGGGGGAGCCGAAAGCUGUCGCUACGUGUUCAAGACUCGAGGCCACCAAGCACUUUUGGCUUGCAGCACGGUCCUUCUCAUGGCGGCAAUUAUUCUCUUCAGUAACUGCGGAUGGACGAUGCAGAUUGCCGUCGGCGUCGCAUACAUCAUCCUGAAUAUCCUAUACUUUGCCCUGGCCUUGCUGAUGGAUCCGGGGGAAAUGUGGGACUUGAGCCGAUAUAACGUGAAGACAGUCAGAACAGCAAAGACGAGGAAUUACACUAGAGCCUUGUGGGAGGCUAUUCGGGAGACCAAGGAGAUUGCAUGGGUCCGAAAGGGAGGCCUGGCCCCGUCGACCGAUGCAUGGGAUAGUUGGUUGAAAGAAGCCCAACUCAACUGCGGCGCCAACGCCGAGCGCUGGAAUCCUGAAAGGGCAAGAGACCGUCUGAUGUCGCAGGCGUCUACCGAGGAGUCUGCUACGUCAAUGGAGAUACAGCUACGUGCCCCGCCACAAAUGUCAGCUAGCAAGUGA